AGAAAGUUUUAACUAGAGAUGUAAACAGAACGGUUCGAUAAGGUACACGUCUGCUUGUCUUGAAAUUGCCUUUUUUCGUUUAUAUUUUUUUAAACACGGACUUUAUAGAAAUAUUAGAGACCAGGAAGAAGAUUGUGGCAUAAAUGGAAGUUGAAAAACCACCAGUUCCUGCUGUAUUCAAAGAAAUUACUGGCGAGUCCAAAUCCAUAAACGUUCAUGAUGCGUCGCAAGAAAGAGGACUGGAAACUAGUAAAUGCAACACGAACGGGAAGAGUACGGAGGCCGAGGGAGAUGAGAAGAGGAACGGAAUGAUUGAAGAUAAGCCGCCGCGAAGAAGACAUCGAAGAGGUUCUAAGAAAAAUAAACCAAGGAAACCAAGACAUAAAUAUAAACCUUACAAUAAGCUAACAUGGGAUGAAAAAAGAAAACUUGAUGAAUUAGAUGCUCUGAAAGCAGUUAGACGAAGGGAAGAGUUAGUGUUACAAAAGGGUCGCGCGAUAGCGCCGUAUAAUACCACACAAUUUCUUAUGGAGGAACAUGACCCUGGGGAAGAAAACCUACAAAGUAUAUCUCAUUCAGAACAUAAUACUGUUGAACAUGAAGACUCCUCUAGUUCAUAUUCUAGUGACGAAUAUUUUGAUAAAGAUUUUCACGAAUUUUACGAACGCGUACAUAUAGACACCCUAAAUUCGUAUUCUAAGGAGGACUUGAUAAAAAACGUUUAUGAACUCGAAGAAAGAAUAGAACGUUUAGAGAGAGAUGCGAAAGAUAACGACAUUCAAUCCCUUAAGGACGAAAAUAAAAGACUUGUUCAGGAAAACGAAGAUUUAAAAGAAAAAGUGCUGACGCAGUGCUGAUCACUUAUUUUUUUUAUAUUUCCUUGUGGAAAUGUACAUUUUGUUGCAUGGCAAUAUGUUUUGAAAUGUUUUAUAGAUUUUGAUUUCUGUAUAUAUGUAUAUGUGUGGAUGUUAGGAUUCCUCUUUCUGAUGGC